AUGUCAACUAAUGAUAGUGAUACUGGUCAAUUAGCAUCUGAUGGAGAUAAAAUUGAAGUCAAUGCCAAUCCUAGUAGGUCAAAUCAAUUGAAACUGACCUUGAAUCCAUCCCAAUAUCAAAAUCAUCACCACCCUGUGUUUAAUAAAAAUGCUAAUCCUUUUUUUCCUGCUGGAAUCUAUCAAUACCAAGGAAUUCCUACUAAUAAUAGUACCAAUGCUAAUAUAAAAAAUCGUCCAUCUAUAGCGACGUAUAGUAUAUACUUUUCCAAUCUACCCAAUUCCAUAACGAGUGAUAAUUUAAAGGAAUUGAUUGAUUCAAUCAUUGAAACUAAUUUUGAUUCCGAUAGUUUUUCAGCCAGUUUUGACAUUGUGAGUUUUACUCAGAAUUCAAUAGGAGAUGGUGCCACAAAGCAAGAUGGUAGUACUGAUGAUGAGGCUGAAGAUGAUGAUGAUGAAUCAAAGAAACUUAUCACUUCAGCCGUGGUUGAAGUUAAUGAUUGGACUUUUUGUAAUCGAUUAAUUGGAAUUUUAAAUGGCUAUGAAUGGUUAAAUAAAAUCAUGGAUGUUAGUUUUGCUAGUAGUCCCUCAUUUGAAUUACGAAGUUCGUCAUCAUCAAAUUUAUCAUCUCGAAACAAUUCAAGUAAUUCAUUGGGUCCAACUACUCCAUCCAUCCCUUAUUAUAAUGCAUAUUAUGCGAAUCAAUCACAAAAUACACCCUAUAUUGCACCCCUUAUACCACCACCACAAUACGACUAUAAUUAUGCAAAUCAAAUGCAAAGUCAUAUAUAUCAAGGUACGACUAUACCUAAUUAUCAAAGUCAAACUCCUCCUCGUCAAUAUUUAUCUCGUCGUUCUUCAUCGGCAAAAUCAUUUGAUUCUACGAGAAGAAAUUCAAGAAAUAAUAGUUUUACAAGUGCUCGUAAUUCAUCAUCAUUUUCAUCAAUCUCUUCAAAUUUAAGUAAUAAUCAAAAUACUAAUAUCAAACAACCAGUCCCACCAUUUAUAAUGAAUAUGGUUGCAAAUAAUCGAUUGAAAACAACAAGUUUUGAUUCAUCUUCAUCAAAUUCUCCUACAUCAGAAUCUCCUAUUGAUUCCCUAACUCCGUUUAAAACUAUCACCCAUGAUAAUGAAACCGAAACUACUGAUGAAUUCGAUCCUAAAUUCGAUAUACCAGAAAAGGUAGAUGAAGAUGAAGGUGAAGAAAUUGGGAAACCAUAUGCGUUUGAUGAAUUGGCACCACAAAAUGAAGAAGAUACCCCAUCAUCAUUAUCAAAACCAGACUCAGACGUGAUACUUCCUGAUCAAUCCAAUGAUGAUGAAUUUAUGAUCAUUCGAAAUGAAGAGAAUACAGAAUAUAUCAAGGUGAACCCUAGAAGAUUGUUUGUUGGUAAUGUACCAUAUACAUCAACGUGGGCUUCAUUACGAAAGUUUUUCAUCACGAAAUCAAAGGAAUUAGAUCCUGAAUCAAAUAUAUUUAUCUUGAGAGUUGAAAUACCGAUGCAAUCAAUUCAUAAUUCUUCAAAUGAAGAUUCAAAUUAUGAUGUUAUACUGCAGGGGAUGGUUACUAAAAGUAGAGGUUUCGCAAUUGUUACUACCGGGAAUAAAGAAUCCGCUAAUAAAUUAAUUGAACUUUUUGAUAACAUAGAAUUUGAAGGUAGAUCAUUAACAGUAAGGUAUGAUAAAUUCCCUGAAUUUAAUAAUUAUUUAAUUCAACAACUAUUUAAUCAUCCAUCAUCUUAUAUACCUCCUGCUAUAUUACCUCAGAUAGUGAUUCCUUCUAAUGUUCAACAAGGUGGGAAUUAUAAUUAUAACCCUAAAUCAUAUGGAAAUACAUCUCGAAAGAAUAGUUAUAAUAAUCAUGGAUCAUCAAUCAUAAGUAAUCUUGCAUUUGAAAGAAAUCUGUUUCAACAAAAGUAUUAUUAUGGAAAUAGUAAUUUACCAAAUCCAUCAAUUGGAAGCGCCAACAGUAAUAUGCCUCCUCCAAAUAUAGUAAUAUCAGGUCAAAGUUCAUCACCUUUACCACCAACACUUGCACCACAACAAUUACAUCAAGCACCACCACCGCCAAUGAUGUCUUCUCCUGCAACUGGAGCUUACUUUAUCUAUCCAUAUUAUUACAAUCCACAACCGAAUCCUCAACCUCCUGGUAUACCGACAACCGCACAAUUACCUCAAGUUCCUCAUUUUCAACAUUAUAAUCAACCUCCUCCUAUGAAUCGAACACCUUCCUCAAGUUCUAUAUCUCAAUAUAAUAAUUAUUCACCGUAUAGAUCCGGUAGUACAAGUAGAAAAUAUUCAUCGGCCACAGCCACCUCAAUAUCUACUCCUAUAAAGAGAGAAGAACAAAUAUUGAAUCCGAGCUCAGAACCACAAGAAAAUGUUGAUUAUAAAUUAUUCAAACAACAACAGUUGGAAUUAAAUGAUGAAGAAAAGGCUAGAGAUUUAGUUAAUUCAUUUGGUAAAUUUGAAUUAGAAGAAUAA